AAAGGAAGAAAGCGGGAGUAGAGUGUCGGCUUUGGCUUGAAUAUUGCGGAAACUUAAGAACUUUAAAAACAAUGGGGAAGAGCUGUUGUGCCAUUGAUUGCAAAAAUAGGUUUAAAAAGCAGUCAGAGCUAUCUUUUUACCGGAUACCUAAAGCCAAAGACAAAAGAAGCAGAUGGAUCGCUGCAAUUCGUAGAGAUAACUGGAAUCCAAGCAGCGAAACCUGGAUUUGUGGUUGCCAUUUCGUCUCAGGUAAAAAAAGCGAUGACCCCCGGCAUCCUGAUUAUGUGCCAAGUUUAUUCAGUUUCACCUCCACCACUGAUAAGACUCAGGCUGUCCGCAACCUGGAAAGAUAUCUACAGUUUCAAAAUGUUUGUGACAACAAAAAUAGAGAGCUAGCUGCCACAGCUCUUCUGAACAUAAAUCAAAGUCCUGUGAUAAAGCAGGAGGAACAUGAAGAGGAAAUACAGGUAAAAAUUGAAACUGGAGUCCAAUGGACUGAGGUCCAGACAGAGGAGACACACAAUGACAUUGCGUCGUUAUAUGAACAAAUUAAAUCUUUAAACAUUGAAUGUCAAUCACUCAGAGAUAAAGUUCACACACUAGAAAGUGAGCUGAAGCGUCGUACCCUUGACGCUUCACAAUUUGAUGACAGUAAAAUGAAAUAUUUUACAGGACUACCCAAUUUACAGACUUUCAUGUUAGUACUUAGUUAUGUGUCUUCGGUUUUUCCUGCUACUACAAAGCAGUCCCUCAAGCCUACUCAGGAACUACUUCUUACGCUGAUGAAGCUGCGCCUCAAUCUGUCAGAGGAUUUUUUAGGCUAUCUUUUUGGGAUUCAUCAGUCAACAGUAUCAAGAGUCUUUCGUCGUUGGAUAAAUGUCAUGGCAAGCAGGCUUCAUCCCCUUAUAUUGUGGCCAGAAAGAGAAGACCUAAGACGCAGCUUACCAAUGUGUUUUCAGAAGUUUUUUAAGAACUGUGUAGGCAUAAUUGACUGCUUUGAACUGUUCAUAGAGCGUCCUUCUGACUUAACAGCUCGAGCUCAGACUUGGAGCAACCACAAACAACAUAACACAAUAAAGUUUCUUAUUUCAGUUACCCCACAAGGAAGCAUCUCCUUCGUGUCCAAGGCCUGGGGUGGAUGUGUUACAGACAAACACCUUACAGAACACAGUGGGUUCCUUGAUAAGCUCCUACCAGGGGACUUGGUUCUGGCUAACCAAGGUUUCAUGAUUGAGGAUAGUGUUGGCCUAUUCUGUGCAGAAUUAACACCUCCACAAGGGAAGAAACAGCUUAGCCAAAAAGAGAUUGAAUCUGCUCAAGAAAUUUCUCGUGUGAAAAUCCCCGUUGAAAAAGUGAUCAGAAUGUUGAGGCAGAAAUAUACUAUUUUGGGCUCAACACUGUCUGCAAGUCUCAUUAGACUGGAGCAAAGUGGCCAGGUGGAGGACAGCCUUAUAAACAAGAUUGUGUUAACAUGCUGUGCUUUAUGUAAUAUGUGUAAAUCCACAGUGCCUUCUGAUUGAGGUGAACAUUAGUUCAUGUACAGGGCAUAUGAAGCGUGCAAUCAUCAGAUAGUCUAAUAGUUAAUUUUAAACCUUUAACGUGACUUUCAUUGAUAAACCAGAAAAGUGUUACAUUUUGUAAAUAUGUUUUCUGUAAUGUGUUCAACAUUCCUUUUAUUGUUACUGUAUACAGAGAGCAUACACAGUGAAAUUCUGAUCAUUUUGUUGAUUAGGAUUAUUGUACUAUGUAUGAAGUAUUUUCUGAUUCAUAUUUAGUGUUUUCACAGUAAUGUUUGGUAUUUUCACAUUUUUGGGUGAGUAUAUUUUUCAAAAGGAACAAAGGCUGGGCAUACAAUCCUGUAAUGCUUGGAUGAACACUGUGAUUGACAUGUUUGUAAAGUAAGACUGACAAAUAUAAGUGAUAUUCUUUAAACUCUUCAGAGUUUCUUUAUUGAAAAGUAUUUAAAUACUUUUGACACAACUGUCAAGUCAGUCUAGAUAUGCUUAUGUCUCACUAUUCAACCUUAAACAUGAAAACAGUCUGGGGAGAUGGCCAAGAAAAAGAUAACGUCAAAAGUACUGUAAAGCCUUGGUUUAAAAUAAUAAAGUCAAAUAUUCACAGCUGUAAAAUGUGUCCAACUACUCCUUUGAGAGUUAGAAACAUACCAGGUAACAGUUCACAAGCAGCAGUCAAUUUUUUUUUUUUUUUUAAAUGUUCAGAAUUCCCACAUAAUACAACUGUGGGACUUUAUU